GCGAAGACCGUACGUGCACGCAUUCGCGCUUGCUGUCCGCGCGAGUCGGACGCUGGUCCUCUUUCGAAGCAGGUGGACGAAUAGAAAAAAAUAUAGGAAGAGACGCGCCGGCCAUGAAACUCCUUUCAGCGUGUCUGUGAAAUCCAUCUAGUUUCGCGAAUCGCGGUGUGCCAUCUGGUAGCGCGGCGAAGUGUUACUAACGGGAAGCGACAAGCUCUGGACUUGGCGCAGCAGAGCAAUAUCCAAGAUGCGUUCGUCAUCGCCGUCGAGCAGCAGGCCCGCGAGAGGCUGGAACGUCUCUCCGCCCUCAAGAAAAUCAAGCCCGUCGACAUGAACAAACUCUCGCAACAGUUGAACCUGAAGGACACCACCGUAAGCGUCGACGUCCACACGCCCGGAACUGGCGUCGAAGUCGAAUCAAGCGCAAAUGAGGGUUGUGGUGAUGAAGUCGCCGAUUUAGUGGACACGACGAACCCAGUGUACAAUAUUUCAGUGCCUGAUUUGACCGCACAUCAAACGAAAGCCGCGAGUGCGAAGUCCCCGGGCACCCGGGCCGUGGCGAACUCUGUGGUUUCCAACGGUCGCGCGCAGAACGUCGCGGAGUCCAAGACCGAGUCUGAGACGCCCUCUGGUGACUUGCCGACGUUGACGAACGGUAACAGUGAAGUGCUGUUGCGCAAGCAGGACGAGCGUGUGAUUCCGAUUGUCGUUGGGAUCGCAUCGCGGAAAACUCUCGACACCAAUGACGACGACGUUUCUGUUUUGAGGACGAAAACUGAAGACAAGGACGAGAAGACGACGAAGGCAGAGGCGAAGCCGAAACCGGAUCCCGUUGAAAUAACGCACCCAAGCAUGAUCGGCCUGAUGGAGAUGGACGGGCCGCACCGUGAGAUGGCCGUGGACGUUCCGGAAGGGUUCAUGGCCCGCACGAAAACCCCUCCGCGGUACCCGCCGCCCAAGUCCGCCUUAACGACGGGCAAGAAGAACGGCGGCGUGGGCAAGCCGCCUCCUCCGCCGCGCGAAGUUGCGUCGGCGUCUAAAGCCCAGAAGCCGACGCAACGAGCGUCGCUCAACUCCCGAACCGCCCCAAGUUCGAGCCCGUUGACGGGCGCCGGAUCCAUGAACCGACACCGAGCCGCUGGAGGAUCUGCGUCUGGACCCGGGCCGCUGGCCAGAAACCGCAGUGCUGACCAGGUUGACGCAUGUAUCACUUCCCCGGCCCCGAACAUCGACCAAAUCGAGCGGAUAAAGAAGUACCAGGAGGACAUGGCGCGACGACGGGAAGAAGAAGCCCGACGACAGCGUGAAGAAGACUUCCUGAGGAGUUCUUUGCGCGGGUCGGAGAAACUGAAGGCGUUGGAGGAGCCACGCACCCCGACGCCUGCCAUGACGAUGCCCACCGAUGUCAAGGGAUCUGUGAACGCCGCCUUCGCCAUGGACGACGAUGUGCAUAAUCAGGAACGGCAGACACAGCCGCCUUCUCGACCCGGCUACCGGGAAGACAUUGGCAGGGUUGUCGGGGCCGAGUUUGGUUCAUUACAGCGUGUGUCCCAGAGGUCAAUGGCGGCUGGUGAGCCAAAAGCUCCUUUAUGCAAGCAAGCGCCGAGCCCGAGUUCGCUUCGUGUCUCGUCGCGGGCGUCCGCGGAAGGGAGUUCGGAAAGUUGCGGGGAGAGACCUGAUUUAACGCUGCCGGACGCCUGGGCUUUUGGACGAAACUUCGGGAUUGCGAAUUGCGUUCAUUGCCCAACUUCGGUCGUGUUCGUGGUGCGAGCUGGAUAUUUUUUCCCCCAACUUUUUUCUCUUCGCGGGUUUGUGUGCCUGGUCCGGUGCGAGGCCGGGAAGUUUACCCAAGGCACGCCGGUUCCCGUGGUUGCAGUCGCUCCUUGCCCGCGUUGCGCAGGAGUUACUGAAUUGCUGGAGUGCAUCGGCAGACUCCAGCAUCAGCUACGAACAAAGCACCGGGAUGCGCCGGAAGUGAACUUGUCAUCGUUGCAGCAGCUCGUGAAGUCGGAGGAUUUUCAGAAGGUGCUUGCAGUCCACAAUAAGGUACAAUCGAUAUGGUGCCUGGGCUGUCCGCCGACGCCAGUGUCUGAUGACAUCCAAGGCCUUGUGCAAGAGUGCGUGGAAGCGUUGGAAGAAAGCGGCCUCCCCGAGGCUAUGAACUUGGUCUCUGUGCUCCACAAGCACGACUUGGUAGGUCUGACAAUGGCACAUGACGAGAUUGCCAGGCGCGAACCGCUUCCUCCCGUGUCGCCUGAAGAGGAGCUGCUCGAUCGGGCGUCUCAGUACCCCGAAUCCGACAGCGUGAAAAUCGUGAGGAUUGAAAAGACGAACGAGCCGCUGGGCGCCACGAUCAAGAACGAGGGCGACGCCGUGGUGAUCGGCCGGAUCGUGAAAGGCGGGGCGGCGGAACGGAGCGGUCUAUUGCGAGAGGGCGACGAAAUCUUGGAGGUCAACGGGAUCGAGAUGCGUGGGAAGAACGUCAACGAAGUCUGUGAUAUUCUCGCGGCCAUGACUGGCACGCUCACUUUCCUCAUCUCUCCCUCGUCCCGCAUCGACCGGUCCCACAUUCGCACCAAUAAUGAACCUGUGAUGCACGUCAAGGCGCAUUUCGAUUACGAUCCGGAAGAGGACUUGUUCAUCCCGUGCCGUGAGCUGGGGAUAUCAUUCCAGAAAGGCGACAUCCUUCAUGUGUUGUCUCAAGAGGAUCCGAAUUGGUGGCAGGCGUACCGUGAGGGGGAAGAGGAUCAGUCUCUAGCUGGACUGAUACCUUCCAAGUCCUUCCAGGAGCAACAAGAGACGCUUAAACAUGCUCAGUUCGAAGACGGCAACAAUCGCAAGUCGAAAAAAGGCACAACGUUGUUGUGCGCCAAGAAGCACGGGGCUAAGAACAAGAGGAAAAAGAAGCUGUACUCCGCCGCCAAUGACGAUUUCGAACCGGAUGAGAUCCUGACUUACGAAGAAGUUGGGCUCUAUUAUCCGCGAGCGAAUCGCAAGCGUCCGAUGGUCCUUGUUGGGCCACCUAAUAUCGGGCGUAUGCAGUUGAUGCAAAUGCUGAUGGAGCGGGAUUCGGAUCGAUUCGCAACAGCUGUGGCCCUGUCCGAGUACUGCGAAGAUUCGUGCCCGUAUUUUCAUACUACGUUGCAAUAUAGUGGUCAUUUUUUCGAUAUGAAAAUGUGUAUUUUCUCAUUUUUGGCAGACACGAGCCGUCCUCGAAGGGACGGCGAGAUAGACGGGCAAGAUCAUCAUUUCAUCACACGCGCCCAAUUCGAGUCCGACAUUAUGUCAAGAAAAUUCGUUGAUCACGGAGAAUACGAAAAGCAUUACUACGGAACGAGCUUGGAUGCGAUUCGAAAUGUCGUGAGCACUGGCAAGAUUUGCGUCUGUAGCUUUCAUCCACAAUCGCUGAAGAAUCUGAAGAACUCUGAUCUGAAGCCGUUCGUGGUCUUCAUAGCUCCACCAAAUCUGGAAACGCUAAAGAAAACUCGUCAGAAAAUGGGGCUUCCUUUCAAGGACGAGGAACUGAAGGAGGUAGUUGUAAAGGCUCGGGAGACGGAGAGGAAGUAUGGGCAUUACUUGGAUUUCACGUUGGUGAAUGUUGAUCUGGAGAGAACUUAUCAGCAACUGAUCCACGAGAUAAAUGUGAUGGAACGAGAGCCACAGCGUCGUCGAGCGUACGUGUUCCUCAUUGCAACUUGUGCUGAUCACUGCUUCUGCUGCUUCCCCGUUUGGCGAAUGGAUUUGCUCAACUCCAUCGCGGUUCGAGCGCGAAAAUAUGAGGAUCUGGAAUCAUCG